UAUCAGGGGUACAGGGUAGUCUACGUACCCCCCUUCUAUCCCAGCUACUACCCACCAGACACCAACUGUACCUGGACAUUCACUGUGCCCUCUGCAGACUAUGGACUAUCACUGGAGUUUGAAGGUUAUGAGCUGAGCAGGGCCAACUAUAACCAGGCCUGUACACAGGGACAGUGGAUGGUACAGAACCGCAGGUUCUGUGGGACGAGAGGUCUCCAGCCGUAUGCUGAGCGCCUCUACCUCCUCUCCACGGCAACCAGAGUUGUCAUGACGUCCGAGGUGUCAAUCACAGGGCCUGGACUCCAGGUCCACUACAGCCUCUUCAACCAAUCAGAUCCCUGUCCUGGUCAGUUCCUGUGUACUCUAAAUGGUCUGUGUGUUCCAGCCUGUGACGGCAUCAAAGACUGCCCCAACGGACUGGACGAGAGGAACUGUGUGUGUAUAGCCCAGUACCAGUGUCCAGAGGACAGUCAGUGUGUUGACUACUUCAAGGUGUGUGACCAGCACCCAGACUGCCUUGAGGCCAUGGAUGAAGAGAACUGCACAGAGGGUGUACAGUGUACAGACAAGACGUAUGUGUGUGCUGACGGGACGUGUCUGAAGAAGCCGAACCCAGAGUGUGACUUCAUCACCGACUGUCCUGAUGCCUCCGAUGAGAGACACUGUGACUGUGGUCUGAGGCAGUUCACCAGUCGCGUUGUGGGAGGAGUCAACGCUACUGAAGGGGAGUGGCCAUGGCAGGUCAGCCUUCAGAUCGGUGGACGUCAUGUCUGUGGGGGGGCUCUGGUCUCCAGCCAAUGGGUGGUGUCCGCUGCCCACUGUUUCUAUGAUGACCGUCUCUCUCCCAGAGCGUGGACAGUCUACCUAGGUAAGUUCCUAUUGAACCGCAGCAGUCAGAUGGAGGAUGCCAUUCGGGUGCAACAGAUCCUCCUGCACCAGUACUACGAUGACGAGACACACGAUUAUGACUUGGCUUUGCUGCGACUGGAGAGACCUGCAGCUCCAGGCACCCUGGCCCAGCCCGCCUGCCUGCCGUCACCUACACACCAGCAAGAACCUGAGCUACUCUGUUGGGUCACGGGCUGGGGGGCGCUACGCGAAGGAGGCACUCCCAGUAACGUGCUGCAGAAGGUGGACGUGCGUCUGGUGAGCGAGGAGGCCUGCUUCCGUUCCUACGGUUACAUGGUCACUCCCAGGAUGUUGUGUGCCGGCUACCGUAGCGGAGAGAAGGAUGCCUGUCAGGGUGACUCGGGCGGUCCGUUGGUCUGCCAGGAGAACUCGGGUCGUUGGUUCCUAGCGGGCGUGGUCAGCUGGGGAAAGGGGUGUGGCCGGGCCGACUACUACGGCGUCUACACCCGCGUCACCAAACUCACCGGCUGGAUCAAAGAACACAUCUCUGGACAUGGCUGACCUUCAUCAUUCUCACCAUCAUCAUCAUCAUCCCAAAACAUUGUUAUCAUGUAGUAAUUGUUGUGAUCGAUUCUCUGUGUCAGUCCUUAGUAUAUUUAGAUGUCCGUCAGGUUUUUAACAGUGUCAUUGACCUUCUGGCACCAAAGUUCAUCAACCUAACAAGCAGACUUUCUGUCUCCUCUGGGCAAAUACACACUCUGCAGUAUUGGGCUCUACAUUCAACACUGCCACCUAGUGGAAGUUGUUAGAAUUACAACAUAAUUAAGAACUACCAUACCAAGGCAAUAGGCCCCGCAAAUUCAAAUCUGGACCUUAAAGCUCCACUGCUUUUGUUCAUUCAUCCCCUAAUCAGGGAUGGAUUUACACCUGCGACACCAGGUGUGUGCAAUUAAUUAUCAGGUAGAACAGAAAACCAGCAGUACUCUGCACCUCGUAGGGUCAGAUUUGAAUGCACCUGCAAUCGUCCUUGAUUCCUUCAUCGAAUGUUUGUCUGUUUAUAUACUGCUGUGGAUUGGAAUUGGUUAUGCACAGAUCAUUUCAGUCAGUGCACUACACUUGAAAUGCUGAUUGCUUUCAGUGUAUUUCAUUACAUGAGGUUUCUGAUGAAAGCCAUUGAAGGCUGAAACGUCAAUCUUUAAAAUGGUGAGUGUGACUUGUGCCGUUUCCUUUUCAAUUACAUGAUGUUCAUCAUUGUAAAUUAGAGCUUGUAAACCUUUCAAAACAUGAGGGAAUCCUAACUGGCAUCCUAUUCCCUCUGGGCUCUGGUUUAAAGUAGUGCACUAUAUAGGGAAUAGGGCGCCAUUUGGAACGCCAACCAUGAGGGUCGGAGUCAUCAUGAGGUUUCAUCAAUAAACCAGCAGAACUGUAA